ACAGGGUUCGGUGGUGGUUUUGAGAGGGAGUUACUCCCGGGAAAAGACGCUUGGGACUUGGGGAGUUAGGGGGUUCUUCCCCACUGUAGAGGAAGUUCUCGCCGGAAAAAAGUCAGGUUGAUCGGAAUAACUUCUCUAUACAUAUACGCAUCUCUCUUCAUUAUAUAUUGUUGAUCAAGUUUCGUUUCGGAGUCAUUGAGAAGUUAGGAUAUGGAAGGUCCCGAUCUAGUCGACGAUCGGACAUUUAGGGUUAAUUUCAGCGGCGAGGGAGCGGCAAUGUUACGUGAGAGAGUCAAAGAUAAGUUGAAGGAGUUCAUGGGAGAUUACACCGAUGACAUUCUUGUGGAAUAUGUCAUCGUCUUACUGAGGAAUGGCAAGCACAAGGAUGAGGCACAGAAUGAGCUGAACGUAUUUUUGGGGGAUGACACGGAUUCUUUUGUUUCAUGGCUUUGGGACCAUCUGUCUUCAAAUCUGCAAUUGUAUGCUCAACCUUUAUUAUGUAAUCAAGAGGAAAUUGCCAAAGCGAAACCAAUAUUUGGGGAAGAUGUGGUGAGAAUUGAUUCUCAGCAGUUGGAUUCUGAAUAUGGAAGAGAAAAAUAUACCAUGGAAUCUAGAAGCCGGCGGAAUAGGGAAUGGAAAGGACUGGUGAGGGAUGUGGAUGAACCUCCUCCUCUUCGAAGUUCUGAGAUUGAAAGUUUCCAUCCAGAGGAAAAAACUCAUCAGAAGUCCGGUCGUGUGAAACGAUCUCGUUCUCCCAGGCCUUUGGUCCAGGAAAAACGUAGUCGGCAAGAAGAGCGACAUCAAGCUAAGAGAGAGGUAAUUCCACAUCCAUCCGUUGAUGCUCCUCGUCGGCUGCUUCAAUUUGCCGUAAGAGAAGCAGUGGGUACUUUACGGCCAUCAAAUUCAAGAUCAGGAGCAUCUUCGAACCGUCUUCGGUCUGUGGUUUCUACAUCAACAGUCGAUUCGUUAACCGAUGAACAACCUCAGAGGAUAAAAUCCAUUGCGAGGGUGCCAAAUGCUAUGACAACUGCAAUCAAAGCUGCAGCAGAAGCUGCUGAAGAUGUAGUUAAGGUUGGAUGUUCGAGUAGUGUAUUUGACCGCUUGGGUCAUAGUAUGGAUGGAUCUCGGGUGACAGACCAAUCACCAGAAUUGAGGCUAUCAAAUAUGAUGGAAACAGAUUUUGAUCAGAGUCUGGGCUUGACCCACUCAGAUUAUGUACAGAGACAUGAAUACAAUGAAGAAAUCAAUAGGGAUAUGGCAAUAGUGGACAGGGAAAAAGAGAUGGCUUCUGAUUCUGCAUCUGAUAAUGAUGGAUAUGAAGAUAUCAAUGUUAUGGGUCAUGGGGCCACAGAUGUUUCUCAGACCGGCAUCUCUGGUGGAAACAAGGAGGGAGAUUCACUAACAGUGCAGUACAGUGUAGCCAAGAACAAGGAUGAGGUUGCAAGAAAAAAAAGGAUGCAAGAGCAGGAUUCUCCUAACAAGGUCACAAACACAUCUCGCAAGAUUGUGAAUAUCUCUGUGAAUGUAAACACAUGGAAACCACCACAUUACCAGGCACCAAGGGAAGUUGCAGAAGUCGAGAAUCGUAAAGCUGUUCGGGAGAGUGAGAUAGUUGCCGGCAGACCUGGUGUGCAGCUCUCAAAGGAGAAUAACAACAACGUUGUGGCUAGUAAUGAACAUGAAUCAUCCAAUGUACAUGCUCAAAGGGAAUCUCAGAAGACUUUGUCUGCUACCCCUGGUUCAUAUUCAUUCAGUCGUCCUUCCGAGGAUGCUGAAUCUCGGACCAUCUUUGUUAGCAAUGUUCAUUUUGCAGCCACUAAGGACACCCUUUCCCGGCAUUUCAAUAAAUUUGGGGAAGUUCUGAAAGUUGUUAUUGUGACUGAUGCAGCUACUGGGCAACCAAAAGGGUCUGCCUAUGUGGAGUUUAUGCGUAAAGAAGCAGCUGAGAAUGCCUUAUCUCUGAAUGGCACCUCCUUUAUGUCACGCAUUCUGAAGGUUGUAAAGAGAAAUUCCAUCCAUCAAGAAACCGCUCCUCCGAUGACUUGGCCUCGCAUGGCCCGAGCAUCUCCAUUUGCUGCUAGGCUUGCUAGAGUUCCUUUCCCAAGGGGCAUCUCCAGUUCAUUCAGAACCCGUCCCCUGAUCAAAUCUGGUGCCCGUAGCUUCCAGUGGAAGAGAAAUGCUCAAUCCACAACAGCUGGGGAGGGCAGUGCCCGUGUGCAGAAUGGUGCCGCUCCCCCCAACAACAAUUUUCCAUCUUCUGCACGGAGUCUUACGUACAUUCGGACAGGUCCCAAGCCAGAAGGGAAUUCUGCACCUGCUACUACUUAAUUUAUCUUUGUUUUCCUGGCUACACAAACAAUUAGCAGAAUUUUGCUUCCAUAGAAACCGGCCGAAACCAGAUGACAAUUAUCUGGAGCCUCAUAUUAUCAAAAUCAGUUGCCUGGGAGAUUUAUACCGGAUAUGUUUUGUGUGUCUGCUGGCAUUUUGAUAGGCGUGAUCCGAGGGUGGUCACUCUAAAGGAGGAUGUGUUGAAGGGGCAAUGUUUCUUUUCUUCUUUCCCUUUUUUAGUUUUUUGGGUAUGAGGGUGCGGUGGACGGUGAAACGGAGGAAGGAGUGGAGGUCUGUAUGGUUUCCUUAUUCAUUCUUUUGCUACGGGAGUGUCAUCUGAUGAAGAGAAAUGUUGAAAGCUGUGUAGAGAGAAAUAUGUGAAUAUGGUGAUAAGUAGUAUCCUUUGAAGAACUUUGCUGCUUACCAUAGAUACCUAAUUUUUUAAGCUUCAAUUAAAUGUUAUCUUCACUCUCUUAUGGAAGGAGAAAAAAAAAAAAAAAAAAAGGAAGAAAAAGAAAACAAAGCUACCCAAGAAUUUCACUCUGAACAGUUUUCAUUGCACUAAUCAGUCAUUACUUCAACUGUAUAUUAUUGCAA